AUGAUCGUUUCACCAACGGGAUACAUCAACCCGUACCUGUACAACACGUCUGCCACACAUUACAAACACAACUCGAGCGAAUCCGAUGCCUCCUCCUGGGAAGAGGCCGGAAACUACCAACCCUAUUCCGAAUUCAACACCAAACAACCGCAGCAAUCACAGCCACAGCAGCCUCAACAAUCACAGUCACAACAGCAGCAGCAACAGCAGCCGCCAGUAUACUACAAAUCAAAAGUACCACCUCAAGCAGCCUAUCAACCAAUGCCACCACAGGCAAUUAUAUCGCCCCCUCCUCCUCAGAUGGGCGUGCCCCCCUUCAACAAUGCCAACAUGGCUCCAUUCGCCGGUGCCAUGCCUCCCUUCCAGUCGGCCCCACCCCACCAAGGCGGCCCACUAUUCCACAAGCGACUUUGCAAGUUUGCCGAGCGUUGUCGCAAUGGUGAUGAGUGUCCCUAUUACCAUCCCAAGCCACACGACAACAUUCACAACCCACAACAACAACAACAGCCACCUCAGCAGCAACAGCAACAGCCACCACAACCACAACAACAACAACAGCAGGAUCCAAUGAUGCCCUAUCGUCAACCAAUGAUGCCAGGCUAUCAACAGGGAUACAACUUCCCUCCAAUGCAAUACCCACCAUACUACUACAACAGAGGUCCCUACAUGCCGAACGAACACCAACACCAGGGACCACAUCAUCAGCCACACCAUCCACAACAGCAUUCGCCACCUCCAACCACUCACGAAUCACCAUCAGGAAACUUUAUAUCGAUGACACCAGAGCAACUGAUUCAAUCAUCCAUCCCAUCGCCAACACCCAUGCCUCCAAUCCCCUCGACAUCACCCGCUGCCCUCCACAACAUGAACAGUGUCGCUCAUCAGCCCUCUUCAUCCACUCCCACUCCAGAACCAUCUCCAGAGCCCCAAACUACAACAGCCAACAGUAUCACUGCCACCACGCCAAUCGCACCAACUACAACAACAACAACUACACCAACUACACCAACGAACACUCCAACCAACACUCCAAACAAUACGCCAAACAACACUCCAACAUCGACUCACAACCCUUCCAAUCACAGAUCCAAGUCCAACCAACAUAGAAAUGACUUUAAACAAGAAAACAGCAACAACAGCAACAAUCAUAGACAGUCCAAUGGAAGACACUACAACAAAUCAUCAUCAUCACCAUCUACAUCGUCUUCUUCAUCCACUGCCACUUCGUCCACGUCCCAGCAAUCGACACAUCCGUCCACCUCCUCUCCAUCUACACCAGUCAAUGAUGUUGCCACACCAUCAACAACAACGACAACGGUAGCAGCAACGACAACCAUUACUGCCUCUAUUACAACAGAGAACAAAGUGGAAUCAAUGGCUUCGGCCAUCAAACAGAUCCAUGGAGUUAAAGAAGAGAGUGGAUCAUCCCAAGCAACGACCAAACAUGAGUCCUCCCCUCAGCAACAACAACCACCAGCAUCAUCACCAUCUUCACAACAACACCAGCAACAGUCACACAGGAGAGGACCCAGCGACAGAGACAACAACAAACCAAACUACAAGUCUGGCAGUCCAAAGGCCAAGCCCGCUCAUUCAUUCAACGAUGACAAGAACCACAAGACAUCCCCAGCUUCUGGUGCCAGCGCCAAGCCCCCAGUGCGACGUGAGAAUUCACACAAGAGCAAGAACAACUUCCCGCCCUUGGGUAGUACCGGUUCUAGACACGUUGAUGAGCAGAAGAGUUAA